AUGCGACGCGUCGAGGUUCCACCACGACCCAACUCAAUUAAGCUCUUGAAGAGCCAGGGCCUGGUCUACGCUGACAUGCCCGGCCUAACAAAAGACCAGCCAUAUUGGCCGGAUGACAGAUACUACUCUUUUACCAGUGAAGAAAUCGAGCUAAUCGAAGAAGCGGGAAAAGAUGUCUUUGGCAUGUGUUGCGAAGCGGCUGAAUAUCUAGUCCAAAAUCCCGACGUCAUCGUCAACAGGAUGGCAAUACCGGCAUUUGCGCUCCAGCAAAUCAAGGAGUCCUGGCACCGUGACCCAUCCUGGGGCAGCGUCUACGGAAGAUUUGACUUUUCGUUUGGCGGCCUCGAUCAUCCGGAUCCGCAACUGCGACUUCCCAAAUUCUACGAGUUCAACGCGGACACGCCGACAUCGCUCGUCGAAGCUGCAUGCGCUCAGUGGCACUGGCUCGAGCAGACCGGGCAAGGUCAAGAUCAAUUCAACUCCAUUGCCGAGAGGCUCGUCGAGGCUUGGAAAAGAAACCUUGACUUGAUACAGAAAAAGAUUGGUCACCCGGUCAAGGUGCAUUUUGCCAUCGGAAUGGGAGACGACUCGGGGGAGGAGGUCAUGAACCUAGCAUUGCUCAUGGACACGUGUCAGCAGGCCGGUUGGCUCACCAAGAGUUUGUUCAUGGAGCAGAUACAAAUGCAUCCAGACGGGCGGUUCCACGAUCAUGAAGGGGAGCAUAUAGACGUGCUGUUCAAGCUGUAUCCCUAUGAGUUCCUUGCGGAGGAAGCUGCUGCCGAGGCCGUGUUUAAGGACAUGAACAGAGUUGGACUACGCGAUGCUAAUGGAAAAUACAUCGGAGGCACGGUGUGGAUUGAACCUCCGUACAAGAUGCUCUGGAGCAAUAAAGCCUUGUUUGCGAUUCUUUGGCAGCUCUUCAAGGACGAUCCGCGCAGCAAGUGGUUACUGCCGACGUAUUUUGAGAGCGAAAAGCCAGAGUCGCUAACCAAGUACGCUCGAAAGCCUAUUUUCUCUCGAGAAGGAAAGGGGAUUACACUCGUGGAUGACGGCAACGUCCUCGUAGAUGCGUCGACAAGCGAGUUUGGCAAGGAAGGGUUCAUCGUGCAAGAGCUCUCGGUGCCAGCAAAGUUUGAGGACGGGAAGGGCAACAACAUGUACGCUGUGCCUGGUCUUUGGUUUGUAGAUGGUGAGUCUGCUGGCAUGGGUAUCCGCGAGGAUUCAGGUCCGAUUACGUCGAAUUCCUCUGUGUUUACUCCGCACUCCAUUUCAGAUGGACCGUUGCAGUACACGCCGAGUAAAGUCCCGACCCUUGACGAGAUUGACGCGUCGCUGAGCAUUUAUAAGUCUCUGAGUGACGGAGGGCAUACUGGCCUUCCGACUGACAUUCACAACCUCAUCUACCACUCCGACUUCGCCCCAGAUCAGGUUGUAGUAGUUGAAACAGUUACAUGA